GGCUGUGCCCAUUCUUGCGAUUAAUCUACAGAACACUGAAAAGCAACCUGUUUGUUUCAGAGCUCUAACAGCGUUUAAGUCAUGGGGAUAUUAGAUUUAUUUCUCCAGACUUCCAGUUCUGUCUCCCUGUUGGGGGCUCUACUGGUUCUGGUGCUGGUCUACCUUGUGUCCUCCUCCAGCUUCAGCUCACAGCAACACAUGAAAGAGCCUCCAGGACCCAGACCACUUCCCCUGCUUGGAAACCUGUUGCAGUUGGACCUCAAGAGAACCUACCACUCAUUAUUGAUGUUGUCCAAGGAAUAUGGAUCAGUGUUCACCGUUUAUUUGGGACGCCAGAAAGUUGUGGUUCUGGCCGGAUACAAGACGGUGAAGGAGGCGCUCGUUAACCAUGCUGAAGAGUUCGGAGAAAGAGACUCAAUGUUUAUUAUGCAAGAAGUCAAUGGCGGACAUGGGGUCAUUUGGUCCAAUGGGGAUGCGUGGAAAGAAUUGAGGCGCUUUACCUUGACAAACCUAAGAGAUUAUGGGAUGGGUAAAAAAGCGAGUGAGGACAAAAUUAUUGAGGAAUGCCAGUACCUCGCUGAAGUGUUCACCAAGUUCAAGGGAGAAGCCUUCGAUACGACCCAACCCUUGAGCUGUGCAGUCUCUAAUAUUAUCUGCUCCAUGGUUUAUGGAAACAGAUUUGAAUAUGAUGAUUCAGAGUUUACGUCUUUGGUUUAUCGAACAAACAAACAAUUUCAACUCUUGGCCUCUCCGUCAGUACAGUUAUACAACCUGUUCCCAUGGAUUGGUAAAUUCUUCAGUACCCCGAAGGAUAUCAAGAAAAACUUUGAAGACAAUAAGGAACAGAACGUGAGGCUGUUCAGACGUCUGAAAGAGACUCUCAGUCCACAGAUGUGCAGAGGAUUCGUAGACGCCUUUCUGGUUCAAAAGGAACAUCUGGAGGUUGGGAGGCACUUUCCUAUCACAAAAUCUGGGAACACCAACAGUCCCUACCACGAUAAAAACCUCUUGAUGACAGUUCUCAAUCUGUUUGCUGCCGGGACCGAUACAACUGCAACUACUCUGAGAUGGGGACUCCUGCUUAUGGCCAAGUAUCCAAAAAUACAGGACCAGGUCCAGGAGGAGCUGAGCAGGGUGAUCGGAAGUCGUCAGGUGCAGGUUGAAGACAGGAAGAACCUGCCCUUCAUUGACGCCGUCAUCCAUGAGACGCAGAGACUGGCCAACAUCGUCCCGAUGGCUCUGCCUCACAAGACGAGCCAGGACGUCACCUUCCAGGGUCACUUCAUCAAGAAGGGGACCACCGUGUACCCUCUGUUGACAUCUGUCCUCUACGAUGAGAACGAGUGGGAGAAACCUCACUCCUUCCAUCCCGCCCACUUCCUGAACAAAGAGGGAAAGUUCGUCAAGCGAGACGCCUUCAUGCCGUUUUCUGCAGGUCGCAGGGUUUGUCUCGGAGAGAGUCUGGCCAGGAUGGAGCUCUUCAUCUUCUUCGUCACCCUCCUGCAGCGCUUCCGUUUCACCCCAGCUCCGGGAGUUUCUGAGGACGACCUGGAUCUGACUCCAUUUGUGGGAUUAACCCUCAACCCCUCCCCCCAUGAAUUGUGUGCUGUUCCCUGUAUGUGAGGAGGAGGUUGAGGGCGUGGAAAUGAAAAGUCAGAUGCAGUUAAAUAGUGAAUGAAUUUGAUCAGCACCAUUAAUGUGGGCAAUUAAAACUUAAAUGUAAAAUCCUGAUUACAGAGGGGCUCCUCAGAGAGAUGAUGUUAUAUCUGAUUGUUUGCACUAAAAAAUGAAACUGUUAAUUCUCCUUUGGUAGUUGUGACCACUUCAAUUACAACAAACAGCGUCUUCAGGAGCUCAGGACUCUGCUCGCUGUCCCUCUUGAUUCCUGCUCUCUCUCAACUCGAUGGAAAAGUUAAUCAGUCUUUAGUCAUAGUCUCAGUAAAAGACUAUGUUGGUUCUCUAAAUGGUUUCAAGGAUCUGUUUGCUCUCAUAUCCUAUUUCGUAGGUUGCUCAUGUGACAUCCAGCUCCCACAUAGCUCGUGUACUGACUCCGUGCAUGCAGGCCUUAUCACAGGUCAGAGUCCGGCCUCUUGUUUACCUUCUCGAGGAACUCAGCUCUUACAUAAGUCCUUACACAACACAAACUGUGAAAGGUCGAAUGAGAGACUCCGACAAUCAACAGAGACAUUUUCACAGAAUAUCACGAGAAAUUAUCAAUAAAAUUAACUUUUAAUUUGCCUAGA